ACGGGCACCGGAAGUCUUGUCCUGACUGCUUGUACCUUGACAGCGGCUGGCAACGUCCUGGCUUUCCCCUUAGUUUUGACGCUUCUCUCUCCUCUGUUGAGUUGGCAGUUUGUCUUUUUAAGAUGCUUCCCGCUGCGCUCUCCGUUACAUCAGCAACAUUAUUAUUGUUAUUAAUGACAUUAAUCGACCUGACAGAGAGCAAAGAGAAAGACUUUUACACUUUUAAGGUGGUAAACAGCAGAGGGAAGCUGGUUUCUUUGGAGAAGUACCGCGGUUCGGUGUCCCUGGUGGUGAACGUCGCCAGUGAGUGCGGUUUCACCGACCAGCACUACCGAGACCUGCAGCAGCUGCAGCGGGACUUCGGCCCGUUUCACUUCAAUGUCCUGGCUUUCCCCUGCAACCAGUUCGGCCAGCAGGAACCCGGCAGCGACAAGGAGAUCGACAGCUUCGUGCGAACCGUUUACGGAGCCUCCUUCCCGCUGUUCAGCAAAAUCGCUGUGGUUGGAACAGGAGCCAACAAUGUGUACAAAUACCUGGCAGAGGUGUCUGGAAAAGAGCCUGACUGGAACUUCUGGAAGUUCCUCAUCGACGUUGAUGGCAGAGUGGUGGACGGCUGGGGGCCGAAGGUUCCCAUCAUGGAGAUCCGGCCGAAGAUCGCCGACAUGGUGCGGCAGAUAAUCCUGAAGAAGAAGGAAGAGCUUUAACUCUCCGAUUCCUCCACGAACUGAACACAAGUUUUACAUUUCCAGUUUUAUCCGCAGCAGCUCCGGCUACUUUCUGAGAGCACUGAUCCAACACCACUCACUCUGUAAAAAAAUCUGAUGUUUUUAGAACAUUUCUAAACCAAAGAGCUUGUUUUUUUAAAUAAACUUUCACUGUGAUUCUAAGUUUGUUUUAUGCUCUGCAUCAUCACUGGUUGGUGGGACUCGAUUGCAGAGUCUUUAAUUAAUCACAGUUUAACUGAAGACUACAUCAACAAAACAACAUUUUCAAUUCAGAAACCCCUUUUUCUGCUAAAUAAAUGAAUAAAUAAAUGAGCUCAAUAAGACAUUUUCUGUUUUUAAUCUGUUAUUUAACCAUCAAAUUAGCGCAAAGUCCUUUUAUAUCCAUCCAGCAUCAGAU